AUGUCUUCACGCAACACCAACCACCAAUCAACCCUCCCCGCCUACACACAAUCAAACACCGCCUCGCAAAGUCAAGACCAGCUCCCCGCCUACUCCGAAGCGACUCACGGCCGGUCACCCGUCCACGUCACCGACGAGAAGAAGUCGCAACAACCACCUAAGAAGUCCAAAUUCGCGCAAAUCAAAGACGCCCUCAAGAGCAUACCGCUCGAGCCGGAGACUCCUUCGGGUUCGAACGCCGGAAUUGGUGGUAGGGAGAUGCAGAUGGGCGGUGGCAGAGUGAGGUAG